GGCACACUUCACAAGCAGGACGAGGUUUCAGCACGGCUGGGGUCUGAACAAAGUUCCUCUAAACUAUAUUGUUAUCUGUAGCAGUAAAUAUUUUUUUGGGGGGAUCCAGUUUUGUGGUUCUAGAAAUAGAAAGCCUAAUUGAAGCGGGUGUCAGAUUGUCGCGUCUAUGUCUUCUUCCUCAUUUUCCCUGAAAACACCUGCGUAUUUCAGGUAACUCACCGAUGAAGAGGGAAGUCCUUGGGGACUGAGCGGUGAAAAGUCUCUUCUGACUCUGGUGGCGGUCCUCUCUGUUGCAGUUUGUCCUGCAGGGAUGUGUUCCAGUCGGGGUAUAUGUGGUGGCAACGACCGUGCCAGAGGGGGCUCAGAGGGCAGCGGUUCAGGCGCUCACUAUGCCCUGUGUGCCCUUGGCGUGGGACUCAUCGCCCUGGGUAUUGUCAUGAUUGUGUGGACUGUGGUACCGAUGGACAAGGAGGCUACUGCAACAGGCAACUCCACCACAAAGCCUGAUGGCAGUGAUGAUGGUGAGGAAGAUGGCAGAGAAAGCACAAAGUCCUCGACAGUGGCUAUGGUGCUGGUUGGAGUUGGGGCAGCCUUGUUGCUUUUAUCUAUUUGCCUCGGUGUGAGGAGCAAGAGGAGAGCACGCAACAGCAGUAACCAGCCGCCAGCAAGAGGAGUCUUCAUCGCAGCAGGGCAGCAGGAAGAACCAGCUGCAGACCCAACCACAUUCAACGUGCCGAGCUACGAGGAGGUCGUUGGCACUGACACCUAUCCUGUCCGCCAGAGCAACCUUCGCCAAAGCACCUCCCAGCUGCCGUCCUAUGAGGACAUCAUAGCUGCUGUGGAAAAUGAGGGAACAGAGCCCACAAACAAUUCCACCGAGGAAACCCCUCUUAAUGAUCCGCCGCCAGCUACAGCUCAACCCGGUGCGGAGCCCCAGGCUGGCCCACCUGGCCUUACAUCAAACCCAAGCUUGCCCACCCGCAGCAGCAGCCGGGCCAGCCGCUUACUGAGGCCCCUCAGGGUGAGGAGGAUCAAGUCAGACAAACUGCACCUUAAGGACUUUCGCCUCCAAAUCCGCAGCCCCACACAGAAUCCAGUGACCAUUGAACCCAUCACUCCGCCACCACAGUAUGACAAUAAGAUGCCUGAAUUAGGGUAGUGUCUCUCACUUAUUGCCUGUUACAGAUGAAUAAAAAUAGCUCUGUGUUAAAUGGACUAAUGAUAACACUUUUGAGAACCCACUUUCAAGGUUGGUAUUAAGUAGGUUAAAUGAGGCUGCGAGCAGCGUGCUGGAGUCGGUGCAGACACACUCCUGAAAUGAGAAUAUUUAAAGUGAAUCUCUAGCUCUUUAUCACUGAAGCUUGUGAAUGGCAUAUUUAUCCUGUUAUGAGGCGUAAUUAAGUCUGUGUGAAAGGAUCAGCUGUCUGAGUUGUUUUAAACAUCAUGUUAUAACUUAAAUCAAACAUAGGACAACCUUUCGCUGUUUAAUUUAAAAGCAGUUGUGUGCUCUAAUGGACAUUAUUUUACAAUCCUUUAUAUGUUUUUCACUUUACUGGGAAUUGUCAUUGUUUCUGCAUGUUGAUUCUGAUUAGCUGUUUAUGUGACUGUGGGAAGAUUUAAAAUGUGUGUUGUGUUUCAAAGGAGGGAAAAGGAAUAUGUAUUACCUGUGAGAUUUUAAAGUGCUAUUAAGUAUCAUAAGCAAUAGAUGUACAACAACAUUUUUGUGAUUUGAAGAAAAUGCACUGAGGCCAAAAAUUUAUGAUGUAUUAGCUGUCUGUUUGCUUUUUUGUGAAGUGGUUUUUAAGCCUGUUAUCUUAAACAAACUGGUUCUUAAAAAUGUUAUCUGCAUGAUGUUCAGUGUGAACUGUCAAAUACUGUAAUAUUCUGGUAUGAUAGAAACAGUUAAACCUGCAUUGCUUCAUAGGACUUUAAAAGGUGUUCAGACGUUUAAGUUAUAAUGUGAUAUUUGUUUAUACAAAGGGUUAAUAAAUGUUUGGUUUUUUUUACUUCAUUUAGGAUUGAAAUUUUAUUUUUGUUUCAAAAAUGGCGCUGAUGAUUAAAUGUUGAUUUUCAUAAACAUCAUCUUAGAUGCUUAGAUCAGUAAAAGCAAGAAAAUUUCCUGAAUAUAUAAAACAAACACGCAAAAUAAAACAGACUCAAAAACACACUCUGAACUCUUGUUUUGAUUGUAUGCUGAGUUUGAGAGUUGAAUUUAUUUUGAAAGAGUUUUGUAUAUUUACAGUUAAUAAAAUCUAACUGUAGACGUUU